CGCCUAGUCACCAGAAAGCUAGGCAGCUACAGAAAGAAACUGGAGCUGGGAGAGAUACCCAGAGCACGAGCUCAGAGAGCAACACGUGGAAUACAUAUAGAUUUUUGCUCCAAUGUCAUCUUAUCAGCGUUGAAAUCUUUUGAAGUUUUCAAAGUAAAAAACUGACAGCCCAAGGGAAAAGGUGAUGUCAUGGAGGCUGUCCCGACCCCUCCUCCACACUCAGAAGACCUACUGACAAGCACCUUUAUGAAGAAGAUGAAUACACCAGUUCCGGAACAGGAUGUCAAUGUAGCCGUCAUCGGAGCUGUUAUUGCAGUGGUUUUAGCCACCCUCCUUUCGGUUGCUGUGCUGAUUAUCGUUUACAUGUACAAGAACAAAGGCACCUACCGUACCUACGAACAGCAAGAAACAGAUCCAGAGGGGUCAGUCCAAAUGGAAGAUCUCCCCCAAAAGGGCGAAAAAGAAGAGUACUUCAUCUAGAGAACAUGACACCAGGUUGCUGCCACGUUUUGGACGCUGAGCUCUAUAGGAAAACAGCUUAAUUGGUUUGUUUCUUUUUAGCAAGGAAUUGAAGUUGUAUUAUUUAUUACGUUUUUGUAUUAGCCCUCUACCCCACCGAGCUCAGGGUUAAAUUGAUGCUAGAGGGGUAGCCCUUUCCUGCAUUUUGAAAACGCUUGAACGUUGGGUUGAGAUGCAGAUGACAGCGGUUAAGCCCCACCUCCCAAUUUUUAUUUAUUACAGAGGUGGAGGUAGGAGAAUACUCACUGGAGUAUUGACUUCACUUUCCUACGUUCUGUUUUUGUAGGAAUUAAGCCCACAAACAGAUGGACCUUGCCUUAGAGUAUCUGCAGUAUACAUAAUGGCAGCAAAAUAAGACGAGGAGCUGAAUUUAAGUACCACCCUGCCAUUUUUGCAUUCCUCAACCUUUAAUCCACAUGCAAAAGCUACAUUGGUCAAAAUGUUUUCAAGAUUAAAAACUGCUCUUGGGAUCUUUUAA